AUGAUGAGCAAACCCACCGGCUCAACAAGUGGCUGUUUGGAUAUUCUGAAUGUCAAAUCAAGUCGGAUUCUGGACAUCCCGUGUAAAGUGUGCGGCGACCGCAGCUCAGGGAAACACUACGGCGUCUACGCCUGUGACGGCUGCUCGGGAUUCUUUAAGAGGAGCAUCCGCAGAAACCGGACCUACGUCUGCAAAUCUGGAUCGCAGGGCGGUUGUCCCGUUGACAAAACUCACAGAAACCAGUGCCGAGCGUGCCGUUUGAAAAAGUGUCUGGAAGUGAACAUGAAUAAAGACGCCGUUCAGCACGAGAGGGGGCCCCGCACGUCCACCAUCCGCAAGCAGGUCGCUCUGUACUUCAGGGGCCACAAAGAGGUGAACGGCUCCUCGACACACUUCCCCGGAUCCUCGCUGCCCGGGCCGCCCUUCUUCACCACCGUCACGCAGCUGGAGCCUCACAACCUGGAGAUGAGCACAGUGGCCACGACGCCCGAGAGACAGGCCAUCGUGGGUCUGGCGCAACCGACCCCGAAGUAUCCCCACGAGGUCAGCGGCACUCCCAUGUACCUGUACGAGGUGGCCACGGAGUCUGUGUGCGAGUCGGCGGCGCGCCUCCUGUUCAUGAGCAUCAAGUGGGCGAAGAGUGUUCCCGCCUUCUCCACCCUGCCAUUAUCUGAUCAGCUCAUUCUGCUGGAGGACGCGUGGAGGGAACUGUUCGUCCUGGGCAUCGCGCAGUGGGCCAUCCCUGUGGACUCCACGACUCUUCUCGCUGUCUCUGGGAUGAACACUGAAAACACGGAGUCUCAGCGGAUGAACAAGAUCAUGUCUGAGAUUCAAGCACUUCAGGAGGUGGUGACCAGGUUCAGGCAGAUGCGUCUUGACGCCACAGAGUUCGCGUGUUUGAAAUGCAUCGUGACGUUCAAAGCUGUUCCUACGCACGGCAGCACCGAGCUGAGAAGUUUUCGCAACGCCAGCGCCAUCGCAGCGCUCCAGGACGAGGCCCAGCUCACGCUCAACAGCUACAUACACACCAGGUACCCCACUCAGCCCUGUCGCUUCGGCAAGCUGCUCCUGCUGCUGCCGGCUCUCCGCUCCGUCAGCCCGUCCACCAUAGAGGAGGUGUUCUUCAAAAAGACCAUCGGCAACGUGCCCAUCACCAGGCUCCUCUCCGACAUGUACAAGUCCAGCGAUAUAUGA